AUGGAUUCUUCCGUCACUCCUCAAUCAUCCUCCCUCGCCGCUGCUGCCAGCCCCUACUUCGAUUCUCUCUUCCGGAGGCGUCAACAAAAGAAAAUGAGCAUCACCCAGACCUACUACCUGGCCCACACUGCUCGGAAGAAGCUCACCCGUGAGGCUUCCCGCGCAGACCAUGACCUGCGAUUACUCGUGGGCCACGCCAACUUCCUGGAUUCAUUGAUGCUGGACCUCGCCGAUGCCGAGCGAGAGCAAGAGCGGUGGUUUAACCAGACGGUCAGCGGCGCCACCAAGGCAUCGCAGGACGAGCCCCGGCACAUCCAGUGGGCCUCCACCGUGGUCGAGGACCCCGAAGAAGACUGGGACCCGGAGGACGCCUCGGACGGCGACUCCGAAACCAGCGACAGCGACGAGGAAGACGACUCCGACUUCGACGAGAAUGAUUUUGUCAUCAACGCACCCCCGGUGCGUCGCCGCGCUCCCUCGCCCGUGGCGCCCAUGCCCGAGCAGGUGCUGAUGGAGGACGACGACACCGACACCGACUCGGACUUUGAGUACGACGAUGCCGAGGACCUGGAUGAACUUUGCCUGACCCGGUCCUCCUCACAUCAGUCCCCGCCCGAGUUGCUGGCCGACUCGGACGACGAAUCCGAGGACGAUGCCCUCCCGCCCUCGCCGCCUCAACCAACCUUGGAGGCCUUCGAUGAGAAGGCGCCCGCCACCACCGCCCUCCCACUGGCCAGCUCGGACCAGCCCCAUCUGUUUGAGCAAGGGUAUUACGUUUCACAGGAGCAGAGCACCCUCAUCGAGGCAUAUUGA